UUCAACAAGAGUAAUACAACCUAUAGACUACUUAAACACCAAUAUAUCCUACGAUUUACUUUUAUCCAAAUAAUUAGCAUAAUUUAUACAACUUCGUUCUUAAACACAACUACCUAGACACAAACAUAUUAACCACUAAAACAUAACUACUUAAACAUAAGUAUACUAAACAACUUUGUCCUUACCUUCUCAAGCGAGGUUGGGGACAUGGUGAUGAGGGUUGUGAGAUAGAUAGGACAGUUUGAAAGCUCUAAGAGGAAAUGAGAGUGGAUAGAAAUGGAUGGUAAGAGACAAUCAUUAAAUGGGAGCAUAUUGUACAAUGAUCACUUUAGAGAUAAGCAAUCUAUGCUAAGUCGUUGUAAACAAAGUUGUUGGCCCCUUACCCUAUCUUGGAGACAUGUCGAGUUGAAAAGGAUCGUGGGGCACUUUGAUCGCUUCGGUAAGCGAUUUAAGUUGAUCGUUUGUGUCAAAAGCGAUAAAAGGUUGAUAUGAUCCCUUAAGACCAUGGAUUACGAAACCGUACCGGACAUCAAACCGGAAUCGUUUUUGGCAUGGUAAAUCGUGGUACAACCAUGGUUCAACCGUUUCCUACCGGUAAAUACCGUUUUUGGAUUAAAAAAAUUAUUUUUCUGUUAAAAAACCGUACCGACAAAAUUAGGGUACCAUACCGGGGAAAAUACCGGAAUAAUACCGGAUUAUACCGCCUAAUUUCCCCACUAAUUUCACCCCAAAACCCGUCCAUAUUCACUCUUCACAUAAGAGACCCAACUCUAUCUAGCAUCAACUAUCCGAUUGAAACAAGAUCCCCGAAAUCUAAAACCCUAGCCGCCGAAUUUCAAUCCCUAGAUUUUGCUACCGACACUCUUCUUCCUAAUUCUCUUGUCUUCUUCUUCUUCUUCUUCUUCCGUUCGCCUGUUGUAAGCUGCGAUGGCGAAGAAGCGAAAGCUUGACGCUUCGAAAGGCGCUGCAUCGUCGGGGCCGCCCAAGAAACAACAGCAGCAACAACAACAGCUGCAGCUGCAGAAGCUGCAAGAAGAAGAGGCGAAGAAGGUUAAGGUAGAAGAAGAGGAGGAGGUGGCCGAAGAAGUGGAGGAGGAGGUGGAAGAAGUGGAGGAGGAAGUGGAAGAUGCGAACGAAGGGGAUAAGCAGAUCGGUUCUUCUUCUGCGGCGGCGUCGGCUCCGGAUGACGACGACGACGAGGAGCCGAUUGAGAAGCUUCUCGAACCGUUCAGUAAGGAUCAGCUCGCUAAUUUGCUCCGCGAUGCUGCGGAGAUCCACCGCGAUGUGGCGGAUCGCAUCCGGAGGAUAGCCGAUGAUAGCCGAUGAGGAUCCUGUUCACCGCAAGAUCUUUGUUCACGGGCUAGGCUGGGGACGCCGCUGUCGCCGGUGGUGAGAAAAUGGAAGCGAGUUUGAGAGGCAGAGCGGCGCGGGGGAGUCGAGAGGAGAGUGUAGAGAGAAGGAAGAGCGCAGCAGCCGAAGGUAGGGUUUAGUGUAGUCUCUGCUUCUCUUCCAUUUUUUUUUUUUUAGUUUGGUCAAAAACGGCGCCGUUUGGAUUAAAUUAAGGGGACCGCCGGUUUUAAUAAAACCGGCCGAAAUUUCGGCCCAUUGCGGUCCAACCGUAAAAACCGCCCGGCAGGCUCUUGAAUGGUACACAACCACUAUUGUGUCGGGCCAGGUCCGGUUUCCGGUCCGACCGGCCGGUCUGGUACGGUAUCCUGGUCCUUGCUUAAGACCAUAGUAAUGGAAAAUAAAUCGCUAUAAACUUGCGCGAUUAAC